AUGCCCCAGGGCGGCUGCCACGCGGCAGUACAGGUCUGGUCGAGCGACGGGGCCGUGAGGGGCGCUGGCCUGCGGGUUCGCAACCGAUGGUCGCCGCGCGCGGCUGGGUCGGGUGCUAGGCGCCCCUUGCUGGCGCACGCGGCGUCCGUGGGCGAACGCGUCGCGCGCCUCACGCCGGAGCUCAAGUGCCAUCGCACAUCUCCGCGAUCCUCGCAUCGCACGCGCGCGACGAAGGAGAAGGCGGGCUCGGAGAAGCCACGGAGCGACGUGGGUGGGGUCGAGGCGUCCUGGUUCUUCACAGAGAGCGGCGUCAAGGGGUUCGUUCAGGCCCUCGAGCUCGACGACAUGACCGACGACCUGCCCGAGAUUCUCGCGGAGAUGGGCGUGGAGUAUUCCCCGGAGCGCCUGCGCGAGGCCUUCCAGAGGCGCCCGCUCGAGGUGAACGCGCGCGCGGUGCGCGUCGCCGGGAUGCUCGGGCGCUGGGGCACGUCGGUGCUGUCGGACGUCGCCACCGGCAAGGUCGAGGAGCACAUGCGCAAGCGGGCGCGCCAGCUGGUGAGCACGCUGGCGGCGCUGGGGCCGUCCUUCAUCAAGAUCGGGCAGGCGCUCAGCGCGCGGCCGGACCUCCUGCCCAAGGUGUACCUCGAGGAGCUGUCCGCGCUGCAGGACCAGCUGCCGCCCUUCCCCACCGUCAUCGCGCGGCAGGUCAUCCGUGAGGAGCUGGGCGCCGACGCCGAGGAGCUGUUCGCGGAGUUCUCUCCGACCCCCGUUGCGGCGGCGUCGCUGGGGCAGGUCUACAAGGGCCGGCUGUUCGACGGCAGCGAGGUGGCCAUCAAGGUGCAGCGGCCGGGCAUCGGGGAGUCCAUCGCCAUCGACAUGAUCCUGCUGCGCCGGCUCCUCCAGUUCGUCGACCGCACGGUCCCCCAGGCCGGGGGUCAGCUGGUGCCCCUGAUCGACGAGUUCGCGGGUCGGUUGUUCGCGGAGAUGGACUACAACAUGGAGGGGCGGAACUGCGAGGCGUUCGAGCGGCUGUACUGCGGCGACGCGAAGGCCAAGGUGGCGGUGCCCAAGAUCUACUGGGAGCAGACGGCGCGGCGGGUGCUGACGAUGGAGUGGAUCGACGGCGUGAAGCUGACGGACAAGGCGGCGAUGGACCGCGCGGGGCUGGACAUCAUCGACUUCGUGGACAUCGGCAUCGAGUGCACGCUGCGGCAGCUGCUCGAGCACGGCUUCUUCCACGCGGACCCGCACCCGGGCAACCUGCUGGCGACGGAGCGCGGGACGCUCGUGUACCUGGACUUCGGCAUGAUGUCGGAGGCGCCCCAGUCGGCCCGGUACGCGCUGAUCGCGCACGUGGUGCACCUGGUGAACAAGCAGUACUACGAGAUGACGCAGGACUACUACGCGCUCGACUUCAUCGACGAGUCGGUCGACACGCGGCCCAUCGCGCCCGCGCUCGCCGAGUUCUUCGACGACGUCCUCACCGACUCGGUCUCCACGCUCAACUUCCGCUCCAUCGUCGACGGGCUCGGCGAGGUGCUCUUCGCCUUCCCGUUCAAGGUCCCGGCGUACUACGCGCUCAUCCUGCGCUCGCUGACGGUCCUCGAGGGCCUCGCGCUGCAGGCGGACGAGGACUACAAGCUCCUCGCCCGCGCGUACCCGUACAUGGCGCGCCGCCUGCUGACCGACCCGGCCCCGCAGCUGCGCUCGAGCCUCGAGGAGCUGCUGCUCAAGGACGGGGAGUUCCGCUGGUCGCGCCUCGAGGGCCUGCUGAAGGAGGGGUCGAAGAGCUACGACUUCGACGUCGACGGGCUGUGGCAGCUGGCGGAGUGGGUGUUCAACAGCAAGGAGAGCAAACUGCGCAAGCCGCUGUCCAAGGAGAUCGUGCAGAUCACCGACGCGGCCAUCGCCGACGCGUGGCGGCAGCAGGCCUCCUCCGCGUACGGCAGCAGCACCGCGGAGAAGCUCCUCCCGUACCAGGUCUCCGAGAAGGAGCACCUCAAGCGCGCGCGGCUCCUCUCCGAGGCGCUCUCCGAGUACGGCGUCGGCGCCAGCAUGCACGGGUCGGGGCCCAUGGGGAUGCCCACGCCGCAGGACAUCGCGGCCUUCGUCGGGCGCUUCCAGACGGAGGUCCCCAAGGUCGCGCCGCGCGUGGGCAAGGUGAUGUCGCAGCCGGGCGCGGUGGAGUUCUUCAACGACGUCAGCACGGGGCUCGCCAGCCGGGGCACCGCGCGUCUCAUCAAGCUCGCCUUCUCCGCCGACGUGCAAAACAUGGUGCCGCGGACCUUUGCCGAGGGGGUCGCGCAGCAGCGGGCGAUGUGGGAGGAGCCCCAGGCGCCCGGGGGCGGCGCGUGGACCAGCACGGCCGCGCCCAGGAGUGGAAACAUGGGCGGGGGCGCGUCGCCCUGCACGUUCUGUCCGUUCGGGGUCCGUGGCGAUGCGGGCCCGCAGCGUCGCGGGGCGCCCGACGACGCCACCGCCCCCCAGGAGCCGCAGGGGCCGGACCCGAUGAAGCUGAUGGCGCAGAACCUGAGCGGAAUCGCCGCCGGGUUCACGGCCCUCGCGGCGGCCUUCGACGCGGCCAGCAACCCGACCGAGUGGGAGUCAUAA